UCUGUGCGCGAAUGUGCGGCCGCGCAAGCGCAAUGUCGUGACGUGACGUAAUUGUCCAUUCAUACUUUUUGUUCAUUCAUUUAGACAAAAUAUCUUAUUGACGAAGUGUUGUGAUAAUCAAGAUACUAUAUGAGACAUAAAACUACAUUAACUUGUGUUUUUACUGAUUCAAUUUAUAAGAGUGAAGUGAAAUUUGUGUAUUGAAUUGUCAAAAAGUGCAUUCAUUGAUGAAUUAAGUGCAUGUAUCAAGCACAUGCGCAAUGCAAGGAUGAAUUCUUUCGAUUUCAAUUACACUGGAAAUCGUCUUAUAUAUUUGAAGUUCUAAAUCGAAACGUACGUUUUCACAUGUUCGGGUUUUAACUGUCCAGUUAACUCUAACUUGUUGAAAACAGGCUCAAGUAGAACAUUACGACACUCCGGAAGUGGCGGGACAAGCCGGCCGAGGGGCUCGUUCCGAAAGAGAUAACAGCGGAUGAAAGAGAUAAACAGUUAUGGAUUUAACAUGGCGGACGAAACGCGUAAAGUGCGAGUUGAAGAAAGAUUAAAAAUAAAGAUCGGUGAAGCCAAGAACUUGCCAGCUCGCAACAAUGGCGCGGCCUGCCAUCGAGACAUAUACUGUGUGCUGUCACUUGAUCAAGAAGAAAUAUUUCGCACGUCCACCAUGGAGAGAACACUUAAUCCUUUUUUCGGCGAAGAGUUCCAGUUCGAGGUGCCCAGAAGAUUUCGAUACCUUUCCAUAUAUGUGUUCGACCGCGACAAGCAUCUCAAGCAAGACAAGGUGCUGGGAAAGGUGGCGAUCAAGAGAGAAGACUUGCAACGGUACAACAACAAAGACCACUGGUUCGCGCUGCGACCGGUCGACGCGGACUCAGAGGUGCAGGGCAAGGCAUACAUCGAGCUCAUUCUCGAGGACUCGAGAAAACGGCUACGGAUGGACCCGAAGCCGCCCGACCCGGACCCGGCGGCGGACAACUCCAAGACAAAGGGCAACAAUCUCAUCAGACUGUCGGAGUACUGCAAGGAGAACAUGCGAUUCGGCUCCUGCUCGAGCUCCACGAGCAAGAAGCUGCUAAGCGCCGCCGCCACGGAGCCCACGCUCGCGCUCUCCCGCUCCGAGAGCCUGAAGGACCGCGCGCAGUGGGCGAUUCGCUCCAAGCCGCCCAUGCACACCAUGUCCGAACCGGACGCCUCGCCCACACCCACCGCCGCCGACUACUGGUCGGACCCCGAGCGGCACUGCGCCGCGCGUGCAGGCCCCGACACGCUGCGCCUACGCGUGCUCGAGUGCUCCGAGCUCACCACCAAGAAUGGCCAGUGCGACCCCUUCGCUCUCGUCACACUACUCUACUCCAAUGGACGGAGAGUCGAGAAGCGCACCAAGCCCAGAAAGAAAACCGUCAAUCCGCAGUUUGACGAAAUUUUCAGUUUUGAUCUCGUUAUGGAGGCUGACCCUAAGGACAGGGAUGGAUCUCAAUCGGCAGGCGUGGCGUGCGAGGCGCGCGUGUCGGUGUGGCACGACGCGGCCACGCCCGUCUUCCUCGGCGAGGUGCGUCUGCAGCUGCGCCAGCCCGAGCCCUCGCCUAUGUGCGCCUGGUUCUUUCUGACGUCUCGUGCGGGCGGGGCGUUGUCGCGCGGCGCCACGCCCCCCGGCACGCGGCUGUCUGCGGCGGGCAGCGCCACGCUCGGCUCGCUGCGACUGCUGCUGCAGUACACCAUCGACCACGUCUUCCCCAUACACCACUACCGACAGCUGGAGGAACUCUUCCUCAAGAGUGUGCACCAGAAGCCAAUAACGGCGUCCGCGGUGUACAUCUUAGGCGAGAUAGUAUCCAGUAAGACAGACGCCGCGCAGCCGCUGGUGAGGCUGUUCACUCAUCACGAUCUCAUUGUACCCAUCGUUAAGGAGCUCGCAGAUGCUGAGAUAUCUGUACUCACAGACGCGACGACAAUAUUCCGCGGCAACACAUUAGUGUCAAAGAUGAUGGACGAGGCGAUGCGGCUGAGCGGCGCGUCGUACCUGCGCUCGGUGCUGCGCCCCACGCUGGCCGCCGUGCUGGCGGAGCGCCGCCCCUGCGAGAUAGACCCCGCCCGCGUCAAGCCCUCCGCCGCCAUCGCCGCCAACCUCGCCAACCUCAAGGAUUACGUCGAACGGGUGUUCGGUGCGAUAACGUCGUCGUACGGCACGUGCCCGGCGGCGAUGUGCCGGCUGUUCGACGCGCUGCGUCAGUGCGCCGCGCGACACUUCCCCGCCAACGCGGAGGUGCGCUACUCCGUCGUCUCCGGAUUCAUCUUCCUCAGGUUCUUCGCGCCCGCCAUACUCGGACCCAAACUCUUCGAUCUUACUACUGAACAAAUUGACCCGCAAACGAACCGUACGCUGACGCUUAUCUCCAAGACGAUACAGUCUCUGGGUAACCUGGUGAGCAGCCGGUCAGCGCAGCAGGUCUGCAAGGAGGAGUACAUGGCAGAAUUAUACCGCAGCUUUUGCACACCCAGACAUGUGCAGGCAAUCAAGCAGUUUCUCGAAAUAAUCUCCACAAGUUCGGAUACACAGAAUAACAAUAUCCAAGAGUCUCCUGUCUUACUCAAAGAAGGGACGAUGAUAAAGCGGUCAGAGAGCGCGCGCGCUGGCUCGGGCUCGCCGCGACGUCGGUGGACGCGGGCCGCGCAUGCGCACUCCAAACGGAGACAUUUUAGACUUACCAGUGGGGAGCUGACGUGGUCGCGCAGUGGGGCGAAGGCUCCAGCGCAUCGGCUGCCGCUGUCUGGCGUGCUGGCCGUCGCCGCCGUCGACUGUCCGCCCGCAGGCGCUCCCCUCGGCGCCAACAAUAUCUUCCAAAUAGUGCACCGGGAGCGCGUGCUGCUGCUGCAGGCCAACAACUGCGUGGAGCGCGCUGAGUGGGUGCGACUGCUGGCCGCGCUGUGUCGCCGCGCCGCUGCUGCCCCGCCCCACGCCGGCUACUAUGCGGACGACAAGUGGACAUGUUGUGGUCGUGCGGAGGCGGAGGCGGAGGGUUGCGGCGGUGUGGGCGGGGCCGGUGGCGAGGGCGGGGCGGAGGAGCGGGGGCGGGGCGCGACGGCGGCGCUCGCGCUGCGCCUCGACCCCGCACGCGACCUGCAGCGCCUGCACGCCCUGCUGGUGUCGCACGCGCAGCGCCUCGACGAGCGCCGCCAUCGGCCGCACGAUGGCGCAACGCUAGAAGAACGCGAGGCGGAGGCGUCAACGUUGUGCGAAUUGCAGAAAACAAUAUUCGACCUGGAGCACCAGCAUCGCAUUUACAGGCGGUCUCUUGCGAGAGAGACCAAAUAUGGCAGCAAACAAGCGCCGAUAGGAGACGAUAACUAUCUGCACCUGGCGGGCGCGGCGGCGGCGAGCGCGGAGGGCGGCUCCUUCUUCUGGCGGACGUGGAGGUGCGAGAUGUCGCCCACCAUCGACCUCGACGGCAAGACCUUGCCGCUGCAGCAGACCUCCAUCGACAUCGGAUCCAGUACGGAGUCCCUCAAGCUGGCGCGUCUCGCCGACGAGCGCUCCUCCGGCAAAUCCAACAAGUCUACCGGCAGCGGCUACCUCACCAUGUCCUGUCUCAAACAUGAACCCUCCGAAGAUAGCGACGCAUCCAACGACAAGCCGGCGCGGCCGCCCAAGCCGGCGCGUCUCUCCCCUUCCCGGACCACCUUCUCCGCCCCGCCCGCCCUCUGCGAGUACGUCGACGUCGAACUCAAACCACCGCGGCGCGGCCCCAAGCCGGACCUCGCGCCCAGGCGGCCCGAACUCGACGUCUCCAAUCGUUGCAAGGAGUACGAGCUGAUGGCGAACUUCAUGAGCCAUGCGCAACCCACGGACGAGGACGCGCCUCCAGCAGUACCCCCGCGAGGCAACACCGCCGCGAGGAACCGACUGCAGCCCAAAUCCGACGUCGAACUCCGACGGUCCCGAGAACGUUCAACCCUCGUGCCCGUCACCGGCGGCUCCUGUAACAGCUUAUCCGGCGAUGGCGCCCGAGACGAGCGCGAGAGCCCCACGGAAUCGACCAGACCACUCAGCAAAGUCGACACCGUGUCCAACGACGACAGCCUCCUCGCCGAACUCCAACGUGACACCUACUGCGUCCUGAAAGUGUGCGAGGACGAAGGGCAGGAGCGCGAGGCGAGCGAACUAGAAUCUGAAGGCUCGAUAGAUCGUAAGGAAAAAGAAGACUUCGGAAUGUUUUCUAGGAUAAGUAUACAGAGGAAGUCGAAUCCUAUAAAGACGCAGCCUGCCUCCAUAAAGCCCUUGAAAACGUCGAGUUCGACGUCGAACGUUCACGACGCGGGUACCAACACGUCGCGACCGUUCACAGAACGAUUGACGCCGUUUUUCCUAAAGAAAAAACCGAAACCACCCGACGACUCGCAGGCGGCCAAAAGUGCGCGCAAAGAGGACAACCUUAUAGGGAGACUGACGCCUCGGUUUGGCCAGUCUCGGCUCUACGGGCGGGGUCAGUCUCUCGAACUCGCCCCCGCUGAAAACCGUAACAAGCGAAUAGAGCGCUCCGCCACCACGGUCAAUAUACAAACGAGACCGAUCAACUCCUCAAUAGUGGCAAACUUCAAGUUCCUCAGUUUGCACAGAUACGGGCCGCAAGAGGACGUCCAGUGUCGUACCUUCGUCCGCAACGAGGACGGCGAACAUCUUAUGCCGAAAGCCGAAGCUUCGACUGGAGUUGUAGAGCGAGAGACGUCCAGGGAGGGCGGUGAGAUGGAGUAUAUAGUUAGUGAAGAGGAUGCCUUAAACGGUGCCUCGUGGCGACGCACGCACGGCCCGCUGCUGGCUGCCGCCACAAACGAUAUCAGACUGUAGCGACUGAAGUUGUGGAGCAAAGCUCGAGUGUUGUAUAUUGGUGCAGAGUGUUGUGCAAAGUUGUCCUCGCGGCACGUGUCAGCCACGGAGCAACAGUAUUUGUAUGUUUUGGUGCGACUCUGUGUGUGGAACGUGCACACAUUUGGCAGUAUGCGUGUGUGCUGGCGGUGCAGUAUUUGUAUGACUGCAUCAGAUGCAAGUGAUUAUGGUGCGAUUGUAAAUUAACUAGACUAGCGUUGUAUUUAUUUCUAUAUUUUUCGAACUCCUUUUCGUCGACCUGAAGCAUGUGCCUCCCUAGUUCGUAGUGGUGCUGAAUGAACUUUGGCUGUUGUAUAGCGUUAAUACUCAAAAGGUGCCAAGCGUUGUGUUGUGCGACCGACAUCGGGUGAAUGGACUCUCAUUCCUGUAGCGCAAUAAUCUUAUGAAGCUAUAUCCUAUACUAAAGAGUUAUAUAUAUAUAUAUAUUUUUGUGAUCGGCAUCACUGUCCAAUGUUGAAUCUAUCGAUACGAAGUAAAAAGUGUUAGCAUAUUGUAUAUUUUAUUUUGUGUAUGUUAUUUGUAAGAAAGAAUGCCAUGGUGUAAAUAGUUUUUGACUGGUCUAUAGGCAAAUUUAUUCGCAACAAGUUCAACUAAUUGUUUUUUUUAGUUGAUUGCUAUUUAUAGCUAAGAAAACAAACAUAAAAUUGUAUGAUAUUUGUAAGAUAAUAUUCUCACAUAACUAUCUAGUUAUUGUAGCGAAUGCACACAAACUAACAAUUUUUAAAUGUUAAAUCUCUUGUAAUCGAAAUAUUUGCAAAGUUUAAAAGAUACAAAAUAUUUUUCAGAUUCCAAUUUAUAUUGUUACGAUCAGCAUUUUCAUAAUUUAAAUGUACUUAAAAUUGAUAUUAUUAAAGUAAUUAUUUCAUUUGUUUUUGCAAAUGUAAGGAAUUAUUGUGAAUGUUUGCGACAGUGCGGGCCUCAUUGAGCCACAUUGGGCCUAAUAGGGCCUCACUAAGCCGCACUGGGGCUCCCUGAGCGUCUGGACCUCACCGGUCUCGCCUACAACGACGGCCUUCGCCGACACCAUUACUUAAGCUGUGAUUCUCUUUAUAAAACUCAAAUCAUAUUUACGUAGUCUAAUGUAGUAUAUAUUGAAACAGUCAAUUGUGCUAAUGUACGCGGUAGGCAGGCAUAUUGUAUCACUAUGUUAACAUUACAUAUUAAAUAUUUCGAUUUUUUUAUUAUAUAAACUUUGAAACGGUACUUUGAAUGAAAUUCUUUAAAAAAAAACUUUAAAUUAUAUUCUAAAUACAUUGUUGUCCUAUUUCUACUGAGAAUUAAUUUAUAAGAGAUAAUCUUUAAAA